CGGAACCGAAAACGCGGGGCGGAGGCGCUGGCGGACGCGUGUUCGCGCAGCGCCGCCUCGUGACCGGCAGCUGUUUCCGGUGCCGGGGAAGGAUGUGGCCUCCGCGCGGGUCGCCCCGGGCCCUGGCCUUGGCGCGGCUGCUAGGAGUCCGGCCCUGUAGCGGGAGUCGGGGCGUCUCCUACCGGCAAGGCCAGAGCCCCGAGCCCGGAACGCGCGAGUACUUCUACUUCGUGGACCACCAGGGCCAGCUUUUUCUGGAUGAUUCCAAAAUGAAGAACUUCAUCACCUGUUACAAAGACCCGCAGUUCCUGGUCGCCUUCUUCUCCCGCCUGAGACCCAACCGCAGCGGGCGCUACGAGGCUGUCUUCCCCUUCCUCUCGCUCUGCGGGAGGGAACGCAACUUCCUGCGCUGCGAGGACCGGCCUGUGGUCUUUACGCACCUGCUGGCCGCGGGCCCCAGACCCCCGCGCCUCUCCUACUGCGGCGGCGGCGAGGCCCUGGCCGUGCCCUUCGAACCUGCGCGCCUGCUUCCCCUGGCCGCCAAUGGUCGCCUCUACCACCCAGCGCCCGAGCGCGCAGGCGGCGUGGGCCUGGUGCGCUCGGCCCUGGCCUUCGAGCUCAGCGCCUGCUUCGAGUACGCGCCCGGCGCGCCCGCGCUGCCCUCACACGUACGCUGGCAGGGCCGCCGCCUUGCGCUCACCAUGGGCGUCUCCCGGACUGAUCUGCGCUCGCGACGUCAGGCCCGGGUGGCCCGAGCAGGAGGUGCUGGCCCAGAGUGCGCAUGCGCGCGCUGCCCCCUGCCCCUCCCCCGUCGCUGCUCCACGGGGUUGGGGUCGCUGCACGCUCUGCGGGGGAGCCGCGCGCCUCUAGAGCGUCAGAUGGGCGCGCUGACAACCACCCCUGAGUCUUGUGCGUAG